AUGGCGGCUGCACCCAUGGAAAAGGCAUGCACUGACCUGGAAGCAGCUGAUUUACCGAAUGCAUAUUGCUCAGUAAAUGUACAAAUGAUGCUUCGCACACCUUCGAUCCGUGGAAAUGUCUGCCUUCUAUUUAUACUCCUUUUUGCAGUGGCACCAGUCCUGGGAUGUGGAGGAAUUUUUCGCUGCUGCUUUAAAGGCAAUAAAAACAAGCAUUGGGCGCAACCAAGCGAAUAUGAUGAAGAAUUGAGUGAAAAGGUGGCAAGCCUGUUUCCGGACGGUGUCAGUUUCUGCCCUUGGUGCGCUAUGAAUUGUCGGUGGAUUGAAUUUGUUAGAGUUGUUAAUGAUGAAAAAACAUGGGAAAAUCUUCGUAACCUAACUGAACAAAUUGACUUCCAGUUGCGUGACGUGAGACGUUUUGACGAGAGUAACCGGAUAAGUAUUGCAUGUCUUCGCUAUAAGGGCAGCAGCCAGUGGAAGAUUGGUUGCUUUGUCUACUUGAUGAAAAACCAAGGACGACGCGAUACCAUGGCCCUCCCUGAAAUGCUGGAAAAACUCUGUGAUCCUCAGCGAAAGCCUAUUAUUUACUCCAGUGAGAUGUUUGUAAAAAGCGUUAGACAUUGA